GUUAAGCGAAAGCUUCUUCUACUCAAUCCUCAACCAUUUGAACCAUUUAGAACACAUGCAUAUCAUUCAAGUAGUGCGUUACAUAUAAAUUUCCCGAUGAAGCCAGCAGCAAUGAAAAAGUUCAGCACCAGUCAUUCUUCUCCACUACCACCCAGUGACCCAGGAGCUCCUAAAAGAUCAGUGCCUGGACCAACUUCCCCUUGGCAUUUCUUCGAUCUCUUGUUGUUUUCGACUCUUCGACGACCGAUGUUUAUUGAUCCGGCCAUUAAAGCUGGAGUAUAUCUUUGCCUAGCUGCCGGCUUAUCCCUUGUAUUCGACUUUGUGAGAGCUCCUCCGACUUACUUUUCUAAUAAGCAAAAUCCGUUCAAUAGGUAUUUCGUGAAAUUGGGGUGGGCUUGGACAUGUGGUUGCCUUGCAGCCUUUAUAAUCGUGUCUUCCUUUGUAUAUACGGCUGGUAAUAUUAAGCUUAUGCGCGGGCAUAUUUUACGCUUGGUCGUUGGCUCUGGUUGCUGGUAUACUGUUACUGGACUUAUCAACUUAAUUCACGAUUGGUCUGGUCACUGUCAUCCAGUAUCGGUUACCUUGCCUAAUGGACUCCGUCCUAAUCAACGAAUAUCAUGUCACCGAGCUGGAGGUGUUUGGCUAGGAUUUGAUAUAUCGGGUCAUUGCUUCUUGUUAAUCAUGUCCAAUUUAUGGAUUAUGGAAGAACUAAGUUGUAUGCAACACUGGAACAAACUCUCUGAAAUUCUGCAGCUGAAUAAGAGCAACGAACCAAACCAAUCUACUAAUACCAGUGGAAUUCGUCAUGUUUCUCAACAAGAGCUGAACAUAAUGCGCUCAGCUUAUCGAAGAUUAACAACUAUGAUUCGUCUAAUAUUUUCGUUUACAGCUUGUUUGUCUAUGCUUUGGGAUAUUAUGUUUCUUUCAACAGUAAUCUAUUUUCAUACUAUGCCGUCAAAGCUUUUGGGUACCGCACUUGGUGUCGCCUGUUGGUUCCUAUUUUACCGAGUCAUUUUUCGCAGUUGUCCGACUGGAUAUUGGGGUGGGUUCGCUCCUGGACUGCCUGGAGAUGGUCCGAUUAAAUUUGUACUCAGUUAGAUCCUCCAGUAAAAUACGAAUAGUUACUGUUUGUAUAGAAUAUCACAAAGUUUUCGUAAAUAAUUUAGUUUAACCUUUCGGUACUCAUCACUCUUACUUUUUUGAAAAUAUAUUUUCAGUAUAAUGUCAUGUUGACUGAUGAAAUCACUGAUUUCGAGCUUUUAUAACCACCCAUAUUGUAUUGCUGUUCCUUUCAAAUAUUAUAAAAUGAAAUCCUGGCUUGUAACCAUGCAAAAUACCGUCUUAUAGCCAUUACGUACCAGAAACUGAGUUCUUCCAGUCUUUUAUAUAAAUCCUGAGGUUUGUUGAAAAGCGAUCGCGUUUUGCGAGAUGAGAAACUUCACCCUAGCUGCUCUGACACGUUUAUUUAACUAGAAAUAGAAGACCAACGAACAAAGUUCACAUGCUUGUUUUGUAUUAAUUGUUGAGGGAAUUGUGAAUAUUACGAAACUAAAGGUUGUGUAAAUUAACAAAUGUCUCUCUAAUUGUCAUAUUCACCCUAAGAUUUCAUAGGAAGUUGGCAUGCACAUAGAAGUAAAUGAUCCAAAAAUUUCAAAAUGUAAACCGAUUUUUUAACCAACCACCAAUGAUUAGGUUAUGUGGAGUUUCAAAUUUACUUUGUGACAGAAUUUUCCACUAGCAAGACCCAGAACACUUACUAAACAUACUGAUUUUUUCACUUAUUACAUCGAUAAGCUUGGAAUUGUAGUCUAGGAGUAUAGUUUUCCUACUUGAGUGUAUAAUAAGACGUAAAAGCUGUUUAAAUGCUUCUAGUUAUUCUAUAAAAUCAUUUUGCAAACAUGUGGUUGCUCUAGUAUGAAACGGGUUAUUCAUUAGAAAAAAAUUAUUGGAACAGUUACUAAUAAAUUGGUAGGUGUUCAUUAGAUGUGUUCACGAUGAAGUACCUGGACAUGAAACUAGGUUAGAUAUGGACCUUAAUUGACAUAACCUUUAAUAUCAACAUGUAUCUACAGAAUUUCUCAGCACAAUUUGAAAUGAGCCAGAAACUAACUAUAGCGUUAAUCCAAGGAGUUUAAUCAAAGCUAUACGUAAAGUUUCCAGAAACAAACAGACACUAGCCAUUGGGAUCUUCAGUUCAAUUUAAUGAUUCAGUUGUGUAACUAUUGGGUUACUAGUUCGGGGUAUUCUCCACCGAACUGUUAUCCAUAAUUGUCAUGUGAAAACCCCAUCAAUGUGAUAGACAUAUGAAUUAUAACAAGUCUUCCUCAUUGUAUACAUGUAUUACUUUGUAAUACAAGUAUAUCCUAACAUGUUUGUGCCCUAAUUUUAUGAACUUAAAAAUGCCUAUGAUAUUCUCUUCUAGGAGAUUAUCACGGUCACUAACACUUCCUACUAGUGUCUUAUAUUUUCAUAUCCUAUUUUUAUAAAAAUUGCUAAAGUUGACCUUGUGGCGUUCAGUGUAAAUUUUAAUUCUUCAAAUUUAUACUGCAAAGUCUGUCUUCGUGCUACGAUCUUACUGUACCAUACAUACAUCUUAUCUAGCGGAAAACGGGGAAAGUUUUAAAUUAUGAGAUCGAAGCCCAUACCUCGAACUUUGGCAAAGAGUUCGAUAUUAAUCAGCUACCAACUCAUUCUUUGAUAGGUAGUUAUGUAUCAUGAUUUGCACAGAUUAAUAGGUUGUCUGUAAACGCAUCUGUAUAACAAAGCAUUUAACUUGAUUAUUAACUUUGUGUUACAAGGUUUAUACUAGUUCGUAAGCUAAAUAGUGACUCGGCUUUUAGCAACAAAAAGUUCGAUCCCCACCACACCCAGCUUAGGAAUUCCCAUAACAAAACUAAGCAUUAGACGGUAUUGUUAGAAACUGAGUACGUAAACUCUUACUUAGUUAGUGAGUUAUGUGGAAUUAAUUAAUAGAUGAAUCUCAUUGAGGAAGAACAUAGUUGUAUUAUUAGCUGCAACGUCAGAACAGUUAAAUAGUGCAGCAAGAGAAUUUUUAUCAUCCAUGUAGUGAACGAAUUGUAAAUCCUUGUGUUGAGAAUCUAUAUCAUUUAAAAUGGAGGGAGUAAUUAUUUGCAAACCCCGGAUCGGUUGAUGGCCAGUUAGAUAAGUGUUAUAUUAGUUAUUAGCCACAUACCAGCUAAUACAAUGCACUUUGACGUACAUUUUUCACGUGACUUUUAAAUACACUACUUUAACGCAAAUUCGAUUUAGUGCAUUCAAGUUGAAGAAUAAGUUGUUAUUUGCUAAAUGAAUAGGUGAGUUUGGUCCCAACAAACAUAUAGGGUUUCAUUUGUGACCCGAGUAACUCAGAGGCAAUGUAAAUUACUGUGAUAGAUUCCCUACCGGAUAAUCAGAUACUUUGCGAAUGUGCCUCGGUGACGACUGUCAUCUAGCACUGAACAGACUCAGGACCCCUAACUAGGCUUCAUAUUUAAAAUAGUUAACUGGUGUACGGUUUCUAGACUGAAUUCUUAACUAUUCUUCUCCUUAAGUUUGUUUUAUCAUUGGAACGAAAGGCUUUCUAAUGCUCCUAUGUUUUGAUUACCCCAAAAACUAGAGUGAACAUAAGAUGAGAAGUGAUUUUAUAAAACGAAAUUUCAGAUAACGUGUAGUCGUAUAGUGCGAAUCCCAAAGCCAUCUACUGUUCGUCCUGAAUUUUAACCUGAAUACAAGAUAGAAAUAGUAACAGAGUUAACAUAAACUCUGAAAUGCAGGUACAUCCAGCUGACGAGUCCCAAAUAGGACGAA